GCGGUAUCAUGGCGACCUGGAACCCCCCUCCCCAAGAGUAUGAAAGCGAUGACAAGUCUUACGAAGUGUUGGAUUUAACUGAGUAUGCAAGAAGACACCAUUGGUGGAAUCGAGUGUUUGGCCACAGUUCCAGACCUAUGGUUGAAAAAUACUCGGUAGCCACUCAGAUUGUAAUGGGUGGAGUGACUGGCUGGUGUGCGGGAUUUUUGUUCCAGAAAGUUGGAAAGCUUGCAGCAACUGCAGUAGGUGGUGGCUUUCUUCUUCUUCAGAUUGCCAGUCACAGUGGCUAUGUGCAGAUUGACUGGAAGAGAGUUGAAAAAGAUGUAAACAAAGCGAAAAGACAGAUUAAGAAGCGAGCAAAUAAGGCAGCACCUGAAAUCAACAAUAUAAUUGAAGAAGCAACAGAAUUUAUCAAACAGAACAUUGUGAUAUCCAGUGGAUUUGUGGGAGGCUUUUUGCUAGGCCUUGCAUCUUAAGGAUAUGAAUAUUCUGUCACAGUGGAGUCACCUAUAAGAAGAGAAAUGGCGGCAACAAGGUGGCUUCUCGACAUUACUCACCACCAGAUUCUCCAGGGCAGCAAGAAACAACUAGGUGGGCAAUACCAAACUCACAGCUUAGUGUUUUGCCAUUGAAGUUUGGCAGACUAGCAUUUGCUAUAAAAACAACCUGUACGGUAUAUAUAUAAUAGUAUUCCUGAGCAAAAACAUGCCUUUCAUUUAUUUUUUUAAAAUUUGCAUUUGUUUUAAAAUCAGCCUAUAAAAUACCACCAUUGGAUGUAGAGGGAAAAAAAUAUAGAGGGAAAAAAUAUGUGUUGGAUAUAUUCCCCAGCAAAAUAUUAUCCUUGUUUUAUUUAAAUAAGAUAUUCUUCAUCUUGCUUUAUAGUAUAGUGCCAGUAAUUAAAGAUUUGUAUUGUAG